CGAGGCCUUGGCGGCGGUGGCCGUGCCGGGGGGGGCUCGGUGCGGCCUGCUCGCGGACGCCAGGAGGCCCGGGACGCCGCCCCUCCCUGCCGGGACGACCCCUGACCUUUGACCCCCGACCCCCCCUCUCCCCCCCCCCCCGGCCCGGGGGCUCGGCGCGGCGGCGCAGGCCCCGCACGUGCCCGGCCUUGUCCUUCCUCCUCCUCCUCCUCCUCCUCCUCCUCUUCUUCUUCUUCCUCCUCCGCCGAAGAAGCGUUCGGGAUGUCGCAGUUCAAACGCCAGCGGGUCAGUCCCCUGCCGGGCGGCCGCACCUUCUCAGGUUCUGUCUCUACAUCUCUCCUGGGCCCCCCGCCGGGUUUGCUCACCCCUCCGGUUGCUUCAGACCUGUCGCAGAACGCCAGGCACCUGCAGGGAGGGGAGAAACAGAGGGUCUUCACUGGCAUCGUCACCAGCCUGCAUGACUAUUUUGGGGUGGUGGACGAAGAAGUCUUCUUUCAGCUGAGCGUGGUGAAGGGCAGGCUGCCCCAGCUGGGUGAAAAGGUGUUGGUGAAGGCUGCGUACAACCCUGGCCAGGCGGUACCUUGGAAUGCCGUCAAAGUGCAGACGCUCUCCAACCAGCCUCUCCUGAAAUCCCCAGCACCCCCACUUCUGCACGUGGCGGCCCUGGGUCAGAAGCAAGGCAUCUUGGGAGCCCAGCCCCAGCUGAUAUUCCAGCCGCAUCGGAUUCCUCCCCUCUUUCCCCAGAAGCCACUGAGUCUCUUCCAGACAUCCCACGCACUGCACCUGAGCCACCUGAGCAGAUUCCCUGCCCGGGGCCCUCACGGCCGAGUGGACCAGGCCCGAAGCGACGACUAUGACUCCAGGAAGCGCAAGCAGCGGGCGGCUGGAGAGCCCUGGGGCGCCAAGAAGCCGAGGCAUGACCUGCCCCCCUAUCGGGUCCAUCUCACGCCCUACACCGUGGACAGCCCGUCCUGUGACUUCCUGGAGCUGCAGCGCCGCUACCGAACGCUCCUCGUGCCCUCCGACUUCCUGGUGGUGCAUUUGAGCUGGCUGUCGGCCUUCCCGCUGGGCCAGCCCCUCUCGCUGCACGCCCCCAGUCGCAUCCGGGUCUCCUCCGGGAAGGAGCCGGCCCCGGGCCCCGUCGCCGAGGUGGUCCCGGCCGACGCCAGUCCUUCCUACAGCGCUAAGGUGCUGCUGCUCUCCACGCCGGGACUGGAAGAACUCUAUCGCUGCAGCCUGUUGUUCGUGGACGACGCGGCCGAGCCGAGGGAGAGUCCCGAGUCCCCCCUGAAGCAGAUAAAGUUCCUCUUGGGGCAGAAGGAGGACGAGGCAGUGCUGGUUGGGGGAGAGUGGUCACCCUCCCUGGACGGCCCCAACCCCGAGGCCGACCCCCAAGUCCUGGUCCACACCGCCAUCCGCUGGGCCAGAGCUCAGACGGGGAUCGACCUGAGCAGCUGCACCAAGUGGUGUCGCGUGGCCGAGUUCCAGUACCUGCAGAUGGGGCCCCCGCGGCGGCAGCAGACCGUGGUGGUGUUCCUGCCCGACGUCUGGUCCCUCAUGCCCCCGCUGGAGGAGUGGGAGGCCCUGUGCCAGCAGAAGGCGGCCGAGGCGGCCCGUCCCCCCCGGGAGGCCCCCGAGGCGGCGGCGGCGGGGACCGCCGAACCGGCAGCCGAGACCUCCCAGCGGGCCCCGGACGUCUCCGAACGGGCACCGGACGCUUCCGAACAGGGAGAGGAAGCGGCCCGACGGGAAGCGGAGGAGUCCGAGCUCGCUUCCCAGCAGGAAGAGGAGGCCCCUCUCCCGGAAGCCCCUUCGCCACCCCUGAAACCCGCUAUCGUAGCCCAGCCCGGCUGUAUCAACCUCUCCCUCUACACCCUUCUGGAAGAUCGGAGGCCUAAAGAGAGACUCUCCUUCGAGGUGGCCGUCCUGGCGGAGCUCUUCCAGGAGAUGCUGCAGCGCGACUUCGGCUACCGGAUCUACAAGAUGCUGCUGAGCCUGCCCGAGAAAGCGACGCCCCCACCGGAGCCCGACAAGGAGGAAGCGGCGAAGGAGUCGAAGGAGGAGGGGCAGAAUGAGGUUCCGGCGGAGGGGCAAGAAGAAGGGGUGACGGCGGAGCCGGACGCCGCGUCGAAGGAGGAUGGACUUUUGCCCAAGCCCCCAGCCUCUGGAGAAGAGGAAGAGGAGAAGCCACCGGGGGAAGCGCCUGUGGAACUGUGUGACCUGAGCCUGGAUGCCGAACUGAUGCUUCUGAGGGAUGAAGUGGAGGAGGAGUUCGCAGGGGCAAAGCUAGAAGACGCCGAGGUGCGAUCUGUCGCCUCCAACCAGUCGGAGAUGGAAUACUCCUCCCUCCAGGACAUGCCCAAGGGAUUGGACCCUUCCGCUGUCCUGCCCCUCGACUGCCUGCUUGCCUUCAUGUACUUCGAUGCCAACCUCUGCGGCUACCUGCACCGGCGGGACCUGGAGAAGAUCCUUCUCACGCUGGGGCUCCGGCUCAGCGCGGAACAGGCUAAGCUGUUGGUGAGCCGGGUGGUGACUCAGAACAUCUGUCAGUACCGGAGCCUGCAGUACAGCCGCCAAGAGAGCCUGGACGGCGGGGGUCCCGAGGAGGCUCCCCCCUCAGGAAACCCGGAGCCGCCGCCUCCCGCCUGCGGCCCGGGCGCGAAGCCGAGCGUCGCGGCCCCGGCGGAGCAGGGAGGCCUCGUGUCCCACAACGGCAGCCUCAUACACGUGGGGAACCUGCUGCAGCGGGCCGAGCAGCGGGACAGCGGGCGACUCUACCUGGAGAACAAGAUUCACGGCCUGGAGCUGAAACUGGAGGAAACCCACGGCCGUUUCGCGGCCACGGAGAGCGCCAAUAAGGCGCUGGCGGCAGACCUGCAGGAGCUGCGGACGCGGCUGACGGAGGCCGAGGAGACGGCCCGCGCGGCCGAGCGGCAGAAGGGCCAGCUCCAGCGGCUGCUGCAGGAGUUCAGGAGGCGCCUGUCCCCCCUGCAGCUUGAGCUGCAGCGCCUGUCCGAGAAGGCCGACAGCUGGGUAGAGAAAGAGGAGCCGGCGCCGAGCAACUGAAGAAGAGCGCCCAACCCCCGCCCCCCCCUCUGGGCCCGGUGCUGGAGCCUGGUGAUGUUUCGAGCCCCGGGAGCCCCAGAGAGCAGCUGGAGCGGGGCCCGUGUCCCCCCCCCCCCCAGCCGGGAGCCGCCGCGUCUGUAAGGGGAAGGCCGAGGGAAGGGGUAGCGGGAGAGGGGCCGACAGGCGUUAGCGCUCAGGGCCUCGAGGAACGGGCGGGGGGGCGGGGCGGCGGCGGGGAAGGGUCCGCUCUUCCCAACCGUCACCAAGUAGGGCCUUCCGUUCCCCUCCUCCCUAACUGUCAUUUUCCCCUCUAGCUUGCCUUAUCCCCCCGGGGCCGUUAAUCUUGCGUCUCUGGCCUCUCCUAGCUUAGAAAAGGGGGAAAGCCUUUGAGCGUAGAUGAGCAGACCAGCACCAGCAACUUUCCAGAGCAGAGGAGAGGGUGAUGAGCGCGUGACCUGCCGGAGCCAGUGCGGGCAGGUCAGCCGUCUCCUUCCGUCUCUCCAACACAUUCCUGUCAGAGUCCGGGAGCGGGAGCGGCGCUAGAGCCGACCACGCGUGCCAGGUGUGUUUGCCAACACGGCCUUCCGUUGCCAGGUGAAAGCAGCACCUCCCCCGUCACCCCCGGCCCCCCUCCUCACCCCCGUUGAGAACACUGGCUUCAGCAAGGCCCCUAUGGCGGUGGCUCGGACCCGGCGGGCCAGUUCUUCUCCCCUCUCCCGCCUCGCCUCUCCUCACCCCCCCCCCCCCCACGGUUCCAGUUUGGCUUUGUACAUAGACGGUCGUCUCUCUUUUUUGGGCUUUGUUUUUUGGUUUUUUUUUUGGUGUUUUGUUC